AUGCCAAAAACCAAGACGCCGACGCCUGAUCCCGCGUCUCCCGCUCAAAGCUCUUCCACUCCUGGAUCGCCCACGGCCGCCGCUGAAUUGUCCGAGCCGAUUGGCAUCUUUGGGGGCGAGUACUGGCUUCAACAGGAAGUACGCGACAGCGACUUGGAUUCAACUCUGGGCGGUGAUGCUGAGAGUUCGACUGCCUCGAUUGCCUCGAGUAUUCUCCACUAUCGCACUAUCAACGGCCGUACCUACCAUAGCGAUUCGCAUCUCGAGGCUUUGGAAGUCUUUACCCAUGCCCUGGACCUUAUGCUGGGCGGGAAACUGACUUUUGCUCCCAUUGGAGAAGACGCCAAGCAUGCGGUCGAUAUUGGUACCGCUUCGGGGUUUUGGGCUAUUGAUUUUGCCGACGACCAUCCCGACUGUGAGGUUAUAGGGACCGACAUCUCGCCUGUCCAGCCUACUUGGUGCCCGCCUAAUUUUCGCUUCGAAAUUGACGAUGCGAACAAAGAGUGGACAUUCAAGACCGAUCAUUUCGACUAUAUCCACGUCCGCUUCUUGAACGGUGCAACCUCUGACUGGGAUCACCUAUAUGAGCAAGCCUAUAGGGUUUGUAAGCCCGGUGGUUGGUUCGAACACAUCGACGCUACAUGUAUCCUGGGCUGCGAUGACGGGACUAUUGCCAAGGGGUCCGCCUUGGACCAAUAUAGCAAGCUAUUUAAGGAGGCUGGAAGGCGUCUUGAGAUGGCUGCCUAUAUAUCUCAUCUCCGCCAGGAGAUUAAGGACAAGAACAUCCAUGCUUACUGGAGGUGGAAGCUCGUGUACGCCCAGAAGCCACUGGAGUAA